CAUACUCGUAUUUACUCAAGAAUCAGGACAUCCUUAAUCCUAUUUUACACAAAAAUAAAAUUCCUUUAGUUUUAUGGCAUUUUCGUUUUUUUCGAACAAAACUUACGAGUAAAGUAUUAUUGUGUUUCUGUUGUGAUAAAUGUGUCUAUGUGAGAAAUUAUGAUCCUAAGUAAAUAAAUAGAUUUCUAAGCGUUUUUCGCUAUUAAUUUCUUAUAUAUUUUUUGUUUAAUAUUAAAAUGUGGUAUUUAACCUCUGAAGUUGACCAUAGGGUCAUUUAUAUUCUACCUAACAAGGAAGUAACAAUAGGUAGAAAUGUGGAUCAUUUUGCCAUACCUGAUGAUGCUUCAAUCAGUAGGAAACACGCUACUUUGUCCAGUACUAGCAACGGAUUAUAUUUGCAAGACCUUGGGUCCAGGUAUGGAACCUACGUGAAUAAUUCUUGUGAGAAAAUUGAUAACAAUUCGCUCAUUAAACUGCAACGCAAAGAUGUAGUUAAGUUUGGAAAACUGGAUAAUAAGUGGCAAGUUAAUGAAGUAAAUUUUAUUACUUGCACAUCUACAUUAAAAGGAGAGCACCUUCAGACUUUAAAAUUAUGUGUCAGUAAAGUAGGAGGUAUUAUAAAAAGCGAAUGGGAUGAUUCUUGCAUGUAUUUAACUAUGCCUGCAUUAACUUUGACUAUAAAAGUUGUAUUAGCAUUAGUACAAGGGUCCCUCAUUGUUACCACAGAAUAUUGGAAUAAGUGCUUGGAAGCAAUCAAUGCCAAUACAUCAAUGCCCAAUCCAAACAAUUUUAGCCCACAGAUUGUGGAGUCAACACUUAAUAAAGAUAUUGUAUCAUUUCUACCUAAUGAUAGUAGAAAAAUAUUAUUUGAUGGGAAGAAAAUUGUAUUUUUCUCAAGAAAACAAUUUGAGAUGUAUAAAUUGGUGUUAAUUAAAAGUGCUGGAACUCCACUUUUACUAAGUGAUUCAAAGAUGACAAAGUCUAUGCUAUGUGAACAAGAUGUUAUUGUAAUUCAGUGUAAUCCUACGAGUACUGAGGUUAAAAUGUUAAAUGAUGUCAUAGAUUAUCUAAACAGCAAGGGCAAAAGAGUUAUUGCUGAUGCAGAAAUUGGCCUAGCUAUAUUAUACUGUUCAAUUGAGAAGUAUUGCAAUCCAUGUUUCAAUUUUUCAUCUGAAAUAAUAAAACAGAAAUCAAAUGAAAUUCAGCAACCUGCUAAGGUGCUAGCACUGGAAUCACAGGAACUAAAUAAGACAGAAACUAAAAAAGAACAUGUAGUAAUAAAUGAAAGUUUGACUUCUGAAAACUACCACGGCAACUUUUCAAAAAGAAGACUGAGUAUUGAUGGUGACGAAAAUUAUGGUAAUGCAUCAAAAAAAUUAGCUACCGAAAGUGGAACUAUUGAAAAUAGUAAUAAAAGAAAAAAUUGUGGAGAUAUAAAUGGACAAGACAUAAAUCCACAUAAAAAACUUGCUACUACUAAGGUUGACAACAAAGAUGAUGAUCUUUUCAAUUUCAUUGCACCUGCUAAUAAAAGCCCACCAAAAAAACUUAAUCUUCUAAAAGCAGUUAAAAGGAAGCAAGAUAUGAGAGAUGAUAAUGAGGAUGAGUUAUUUCAAUUCAUUGAAGAAAAAAAGCCCUCACAUGGUAAUAUUUCAAAUAAUAGUAUUUUCAAGACAAGUCACAAACAUAGUAAUUCAGAUGAUGAAGCAGAUCUUGAUACUCCUAUAAAAAAAAUAAGUAUGAUAUAUGAUGAUGUAGAUAUAUCAGCAUUGAGAGGAUGUAAGCUUGAAGAAUUACGAAAGAACAAUAUGAAUUCAACAUCUACUAUUAACAUUCGUAAAUUAAAACAAGAAAUAACUGAUGAUUUAGAUGAAAAAAUGAGUAACCUUGAUAUAGGUUCUAUUAUUGUGACAAUUAAGAAAGAACUAAUAGUGAAAAAGGAGCCUCACAUUGUCGAGUUACAUAAUAGUUCAGUGAAAAAUUUCAAGAAAUUUCAAAAGGUGUGGCCUUUGAAAAAUCAAUCCACUAUUAUUCUAGCUCUAUGAACAUGGUGGUACCAAAUAUAAAUCAGGAGGAAAUGUGCUCACAGAGUUAUGACUAAUGUUGAGAAUAAAAUUAAUGUUCACUUCUGUUUAUUAUUCUUUAUUUGUACACAAUACAAUAAAAAUGUUUAUUAUAUC